UUGAUAAAUCAGACACCACCCACUGAAUCACAAUCAGGGUUUUUAUAGCUGAAGUACACAGAAAAAAUAGUUCCCAUAAGAUGGAUGGGUUGAAUUAUUUGUUAGAAUCUAUAUAGGGCUGCGUCUAUAUGAACAAUUUAUGCUGUGCAUUUCAGUUGGCAGACACUGUCCUUGAUCAAAUUCUAUUGCAAAUUUUGCUAUAACCACUGCAGGCAAAUUUCAUUAUCAGGAAAUGGCUUGGAUGGAUCCUCUUUCUGUGUUGUUCCUAUUUCCCCUGGCAAUUGCAUUCCUUUGGAAAAUGAGCCAUUUCUGGAACAGCAGUAGCCAUAAUCUUCCACCAGGACCACAACCAUUACCACUAAUUGGAAACCUCCACCUAAUGGACCUGAAGAGGCGUUACAGAACCCUGUUAAAGUUAUCCAAGCAGUAUGGUCCGGUCUUCAGCUUCCAAAUGGGAUCCCAGAAAAUGGUAGUUCUGGUGGGCUACGAGACUGUAAAGGAGGCUUUGGUGAACCAGGCAGAUGCAUUUGCGGAGCGGGGCAACUUCCCGAUCUUUGACGAGGCUACAGGAAACUAUGGAGUUGUAUUUGCUCAUGGUGAGAACUGGAAAGUGAUGCGGCGGUUUACCUUAACCACUUUGCGUGACUAUGGGAUGGGCAAGAGGACCAUAGAGGACAGAAUUGUUGAAGAAUGCCAUUUCCUAAUACAGAAGUUUGAAUCUUACCAAGGAAAACCAUUUGAGAACACCAUAAUCAUGAACACUGCUGUUGCCAAUAUUAUCAUGUCCAUAUUGCUUGGCAAGCGAUUUGAAUAUGAAGAUCCCACAUUCGAAAGACUACUGAACUUGAUCAAUGAAAAUGCCCGGCUUGUUGGAAGUCCCUCUGUCACGCUGUACAACAUGUUUCCCGCACUGGGCUUUCUCUUCAGCAGUCGCAAGACUGUCCUUAAUAACAGGGAUGAAUUGUUCAGCUUCAUACAAGACGCCUUCAUAAAACACCUCAAGGAACUGGAUGUCAAUGACCAGAGGAGCUUUAUUGAUGCUUUUCUAAUCCGACAACAAGAGGAGAAGAACAAGAACAAGAUUAAUGAUUUUUUUCAUAAUGAAAACCUAACAGCUACUGUGGCUAACUUAUUUGGUGCAGGCACAGAGACCACUUCAACUACCUUGCGUUGGGCUCUGUUGCUGAUGAUGAAGUACCCUGAAAUCCAAAAUAAGGUCCAAGAAGAGAUUGCAAUGGUGAUUGGGUCUGCUCAGCCUCAGACUGAACACCGAUCAAAACUUCCUUAUACAGAUGCAGUAAUCCAUGAAGUGCAGAGGUUUGCUAAUAUUGUCCCUAUGAACUUGCCACAUGCCACCACUAUGGAUGUCACUCUUAAAGGAUAUUUCAUUCCAAAGGGAACUUGUAUUGUUCCGUUACUGUACUCUGUGCUUUAUGAUGAAUCUCAGUGGGAAAAACCACUUAAAUUCUACCCUGAGCACUUCCUUGAUUCUGAAGGAAAGUUUGUAAAGAGAGAUGCCUUCAUGCCUUUCUCUGCAGGUCGGCGAAUGUGUGCUGGUGAGACCCUUGCCAAAAUGGAGCUCUUCCUGUUCUUUGCACGUCUCCUGCAGAGAUUCACUUUCCAGCCAGCCCCUGGGAUGUCUAAAGAAGACCUGGACCUUUCCCCUGCUACAUCUCCAAUGCCCUACCGGUUAUGUGCUUUGCCACGUUCUUAACAUCCAGUCAUGCUUAUCUCUCAUGUGCACACUGCCCUACUUUUCUGUACCUUCUUGCCUUCCAAAGACGUAUCAGACUCAAUGGAACUGGACUGUGCUUUGUCACUAACCUUGGUGCUUCAUAUGACUAUCUGUCAAUCCCAACCAAGGUAGACUAGAGACAUAACGUCAUUUGCUGUAUCCAUUGUUUUUAUGUCUGCUGAUUUCUUGUAUUCACCCCUUAGAGAUGUCUUUGAAUCACCAAAACAAUGAAGCUGAGCUCCCGCUGUAUCUGCUCCCAAGUGAUAUUCAUCCAAUGAUACUAGCUAUGUAAAAGGUAAAGAUAGUCCCGACUUCCGGCUGGGGAUCCCUGAAGGUCUAACGCAGCUCAAAACACUGAGCUGUCCGUGCUGCUGUUUUGGAAGGCUGGAGGGGCGCAAACUGCCCCAGGUGGAGAACAGGCAAGAACGCUCAAGAACCUGAGGGCGCGUCAAUCUCAGGCAAGGGGGGGUUCUACGCAACGAACUCCCACCCGCCUUUGAGGUCCCACCCAGAGAAAGGUUUUGCUAAGAUCUCUGCAGCGGCUCUGGAGUCAAAUUUUGGCAUAAGACCUACAUGCCCAAGCCUCGAUGAGCAGCAAGGGGAACAGAUUUGAUUGGAUAACAGAAACAGCGAUUACAACCCAAGAAAAAACGUUUAAGAAGGUAAAGAUUGCUAUCUCUCAAUUCGGGACUAAUUAAAGUAAGAGAUAAAAUAUAAAAGCGGACUUAAAAACUGCAACAGACUGAUUAAGGGAAGGGGAAGAUUCCGGCAAGAAAUUUUUUUAAAAAGUGACAUUGCAAAGUGAAAUUAAGGCGGAAAGUCAAAUAUUGUUUACAUACCUGCGGUGGGAAGAGAUACUGGACUGUGGGAAAGUGCUAAUAUCGCGAGAACUGCUGCGAAAAGAAAAGGAACAGGAAGUAUGUCAGGACUAUAAAGAGGCUGGCAAGAAGCGGCUUGUUUUAAUACCGGAAGCGGAAGAACGCCAUUUUGGAAAAGGGAAAGGUUGUGGCUUCAAUGAAAAAGGAAGUAGGCCAUCUUUAAAGAAGGUAAGGGCGUUUACUUCAGUUUAAAACCAUAGAGAAAAAACGCCCGACAUUUUGGACUACAUAUAACAACUUUUAAUAAAAAUAAAGCGAAUUUGGACUUUUUUAAACAUCAGGAAGUAAUAAAUCAGUGCCACAGAUCUAAGGAAAAGGGCAGACUCGUGGGAGUGUAGUAAAUCAAGCCCCACGAUGUCGAAGAAGGAGUGGCAAGCUGCGAUGGAGAAUCUUGAUAAAAAAGUUUCAGAAGUUUCAGAAGGCAACAAGGAGCUUUAAGGUAUGGUACAGGAGAUGGCGAAGGAUUUUAGAGACUUUAAAGAGACACUUAAAACGGAAAUGGCAGAACUGACAAAAGAUGUGCUUGAAACGCAGCAGAGAGUUAAUGUUGUUGAAAACACGCUGGAUGUGCAGAAAUGAGAGGAUUAAAAGGAAGAGUGGCCGUUGCGGAAUGUAAACAAAUGGAGAAACAAUUAAGAUUUCGUUCUAUCCCUGAGACGGAGGAAAAAACAGCCUGAGAGCAGAUUACAGAAAUUUUGGGAGGAUAUCUGGGGAAGGAAGAAGAGGAAAUUGCAGCUCUCCUAGAUGUGGUGUACAGAAUCAAUUCAAAAUUUGCGCUUCAGAAGAAGUUACCAAGGGACAUGAUUGUGCAAUUUACGACAAGAAAUACAAGAGAACUAAUUGUGAGUAAACAGUUUCAGGAUCCAUUAGAAGUCGACGGUAAAGCGGUGAGAAUUAUGAAGGAGUUGCCCAGAUCGGUGCUGUUGGAGCGGAAAAAAUACAAAGAGCUGGUUCAGAUGUUAAAGGAAAUGAAAAUUAAAUAUAGAUGGGAAAUACCAGAGGGACUGGCAUUUGAAUUUGGAGGAGCAAGAAAGAGCAUCAGAUCUGGUCAUGAGAUGGAAAUUUUUAUUAUGAAAAAUGAAAAAGAUUUACCAAAAAGUUCAAGAGCCUGAUCAUGGAUUGCAAAGUCAUAUCUUGGAAUGUUAAUGGACUAAAUUCACCUUGUAAACGUAAGGCUAUUUUCCACUGGCUUGUAAAACAGAAAUGUAAAAUUGUGUGUCUACAAGAGACACAUAUUAAAAAGCAAGAUGUAAAAUAUUUGAAAAUGGUAAAGCUUGGAAAAGAAUUUGUAGCUGCCUCCAAACAGAAGAAGAGGGGGGGUGUAUUGUAUAUAAAAGAGGAGCUACAGCCUAAAUUAGUGUUAAGUGAUGCAGAAGCUCGAUAUUUAGCAGUGGAAAUAAUUUGGAAUUCAAAGAAGAUGUUGGUGAUUGGAGUAUAUGCACCUAAUGGUGCAAAAGAAAACUUUUUUGUGGACUUGCAAAAGCAACUAGAUGAGUUGUCCUAUGAUCAAAUAAUUUUGGCAGGCGAUUUCAAUGGAGUUACAAAUUUGGAGGAAGAUAAGAAAUCUAAGACUUAUACAAAAAAAAAGAGAACUAUUGCCAAAGUCAUUUUUUGCGAUUAUGCAACAGGAAAGUCUAGAUGAUGUAUGGAGGAGACAAUAUCCCAAGAAAAGACAGUAUACAUUUUACUCUGCAAGACAUUCUACGUUAUCAAGAAUCAAUAUGAUCUGGGCCUCCAAAGAACUGUUAUUAUGGACCAAAGAUGUGGAAAUAAUGCCAAAGGUAGGCUCAGAUCAUAAUCCAAUUAUGUGGAGAUUUGGCAAAAACAAUAAAAGACGGGGAUGGAGAAUAAAUGAGGACUUGCUACAGAUGGAAGACAAUAUUGCGUUGCUGGGAAGGGAGACCAAGUUCUUUAUACAAUACAAUUUGAACAAAGAAGUAUCGACUAAUAAGGUUUGGGAUAUGUAUACAGCUGUGAUCAGAGGGAUACUAAUGGACUUGAAUGCAAGAGAUAGGAGGAAAAAGGAGAAAAAAAGAUUGGAAAUUAUGGAAAAAAUUAAAGCCAAAGAGAUUCAACUUAAAAAGAGACCAGGGAAAAAGAAAAUAUAUCAGGAUAUUAGAAUAUUAUAAGAACAGUUAUUGGCAAUGAAUAAUAAAGAACUGGAGUGGAACUUAAAAAGGAUGAAUCAGAGGUCGUUUGAAGGUGCAAACAAACCUGGGAAAUAUUUGGCAUGGCAAUUAAAAAAGAGAAAGGAGAAGAAAACUAUUAGUAUGAUACGAGAAGAAGACAAGAUAUUAAGUGAUCAAGCUGCCAUUAGUAGAGCCUUUUUCAAGUUUUAUGCCAAACUAUACCAAAAAAAAGAGGUGAAUAAAGACUUAAUAGCGGAUUAUUUAGUUAAGAUGAAACUUCCGACAAUCUCUGAAGAAUGGAAGGAAAAAUUGAAUAAGGAUGUGACGGAAGAAGAAAUAAAAGAAGCUAUUGAAUCAACGAAAUUGGGAAAGGCACCAGGACCGGAUGGAUUAAUGGCAAAAUUUUACAAAACAAUGACGAAUGAACUGGCACCAUUCCUGAAGGAGGUAAUGAAUGGAGUUAUAUAUAACCAAGGGAUCCCUGAGUCAUGGAAUGAAGCUAACAUAUCAUUGAUUCCAAAAGAGGGACAAGAUUUGACUAAUGUUAAAAAUUACAGACCAAUUUCACUGUUGAAUAAUGAUUAUAAAAUAUUUGCAAAAGUAUUGGCGGAAAGAAUCAAAGGAUGGAUGUCAGAAUUUAUUGCAGAAGAACAAGCUGGGUCCUUACCUAACAGACAAAUCAAAGACAAUUUGAGAACAGUAAUAAAUGCGAUUGAAUAUUAUGACAAGCAUUGUGAUAGAGAAGUUGGUUUCUUUUUCGUGGACGCGGAAAAAGCAUUUGACAAUCUGAAAUGGGACUUUAUGUUUGCCACUAUGGAAAAGCUGCAAAUGGGAGAAAAGUUCAUACAUGCAGUCAAAGAAAUUUAUAAAGACCAAAGUGCAGCAAUUGUAGUGAAUGACGAUUUGACAAAAAAAUUGAAAAUAAGCAAAGGCACAAGACAGGGCUGCCCUUUGUCUCCAUUGUUGUUCAUACUGAUUUUGGAAAUACUGUUGAUUCAAAUUCGAGAAGAUGAUACAAUUCGAGGUAUAAAAAUAAAAGAGUUCACCUACAAGGUCAGAGCAUUUGCAGAUGAUAUAAUGUUAAUAGUAGCGGAUCCAAUCGAUAAUAUGCCAAAGGUAAUAAGGAAAAUAAAAGAAUUUGGAGAUUUGGCUGGCUUUUAUGUAAAUAAAAAAGUCGAAGAUACUAUGCAAAAAUAUGACCAAACAGAAGCAACAAGAACUGGAGGAGCUAACGGAUUGUGAAGUAACGAACAAAGUAAAGUAUCUUGGAAUUGAAUUAACUGCGAAAAAUAUAGAUUUAUUUAAGAACAACUAUGAGAAAUUGUGGAUACAAAUAGAAAGAGACUUGAUAAAAUGGAAUAAGUUGAAUCUAUCAUGGCUGGGAAGAAUUGCGGCAAUAAAAAUGAAUGUUUUACCAUGAGUGAUGUUUCUGUUGCAAACGAUAACGAUUAUCCGAGACUCUAAACAAUUUGAAAAAUGGCAAAGGAAAAUUUCAAACUUUGUGUGGGCAGGCAAGAAGCCACGUGUGAAAAUGAAAGUACUACAGGAUGCGAAAGAGAGAGGUGGAUUGCAACUGCCCAAUUUAAGAUUAUAUUACGAAGCAAUAUGUUUGACAUGGAUAAAAGAUUGGAUAACGUUGAAAAAUCGCAAACUACUGGCCUUGGAAGGUUACAAAAAAUAUUUGGAUGGCAUGCGUACCUGUGGUAUGACAAAACAAAAGCGGACUCUAUGUUUUUGCAUCAUUUUAUUUGAAGAAGCCUCUUCGCAAUCUGGAAGAAAUAUAAAAUUUAUAUGGGAGAAGGAAUUCCUGCAUGGGUGGUCCCGUAUGAAGUAAUUGACCCGAGAACUGUCGACAAUGAACAGCAAUGUUUAACUUACAAGGAGAUAACACAAAUACAACAUUCAAAAUUAAGAAUAAAAACAGAAGAAGAGUUGUCUCCUUGUUAUGGAUGGUUUCAAUAUAGACAGAUCAGAGAUCUUUACAAAUCGGACUGCUCAAAGGGAGGAAUAAGAAUGGAAAAUUCAGAAUCGGAAGAAGUAAUGUUACAAGAAGGCAAGAAACAAAUUUCAAAGAUUUAUAAAAUUCUUCUAAAAUGGUACACCGCAGAUGAAACAGUGAAAGUACAGAUGGUGAAGUGGGCAAUAAAUUUUCAUAAAGAAAUAGCAAUGGAGACUUGGGAACAUCUGUGGAAGAAUAUAAUCAAAAUUACAACUUGCAUGAAUACUAAAGAAAAUGUAUAUAAAAUGAUAUACAGAUGGUACUUAACACCGAAGAAAAUUGCGCUGGGUAAUGCCAGCAUGUCAGAUAAGUGCUGGAAAUGCAAAAAACAUGAAGGAUCAUUGUAUCAUAUGUGGUGGACCUGUGAAGUAGCCAAGCAAUACUGGGGAGAUAUAAUAGAAGUAAUUAAUGAAGUGUUACAAACCCAAAUAAAUAAGAACCCAGAAUUGCUGCUACUGAACUUGGGAAUGGAGAAAAUUCCAGCGCAGUAUAGAACAUUGUUAUUUUAUAUGACUUCAGCAGCAAGACUAUUAUAUGCGCAGAAAUGGAAAGUGCAAGAAGUACCAACUGUAGAGGAUUGGAUUUACAAAUUGCUGUACAUGGCAGAGAUGGAUAAAAUUACAAGAAAAUUCAAAGACCUGGAUCCAGAACAAUACAUGACAGACUGGGCGAAUCUGAAACAAUUUCUAGAAAAAAAACGGGAUGUAAAAGGAGAAUUGCGGCAGUUUGAAAACUUUUGAACCAAGAUGUUACAAUUGGAAGAGAGAAGUGACUUUACCAUAAAAGGAAAUAUUAUCUAUUUUAAUCUAAGCUAGGAUUACAGUUAACUAUGGGGGGUUAGAAUUUAUAACUGAUUAUUGGAAAGUAGAAUUGAGAUAUUAGAAUAAGAAAUACAGCAUAUAUAUAGUUUAUGUAAGAGAAAUAUGGAACUGUUUAGAGUAGUAAAGGUUAUCAAGUUAGGUUAAUAGUUAUAAGAUUAAAGUUACAGUUAAGCAUAUGGUAGGAUAAGUAUGUUGUUAAUUUUUUGAAGUAUUAUCAGUAUAAUUAACAUAGUAUGUAUAGAGUAAAUAUAAGGCUUAGAGUAAGGAAUGUUAUAUUGGGAAGUUUUAGUAGUGUUUAAUAUAGAAUUUGUUAAGUAAUAAAGGGGGUAAAGGGUUGGAAAGCUGUCGGAAGUCAAGAAGGAGGGGGGGAAAGGGUGGGGAUUAGAUUAGGCUAAAUUGGAUAAGACUGAAAUGUAAUUUUAUAUGAAACUAUGCUCACCAAUAAAAUUCUUUAAAAAAAAAAAUAAAAGGUAAAGAUAGUCCCCUGUGCAGGCACCGAGUCAUUACUGAUCCAUGGGGGUGUCAGAGUGUGAAAGUAACUCUGGCAAGAUUCAGGCAUUGUCAGAUCAUUCUCAUCUAAGUGACAGUUAAGUCAUAUGAUCGUCCAAGGUUGCAAGGUUGCAUCAGCCAGAUGUGCUGAGUGCAAAGGUAAAUGCUGAUUGGAUGUAAGUUAUAUAAAUGUACUCUGUGUACUGUGUAUUGGGUGCCUGCAAAGGUUUCAGAGUCUGGCGAAGCACUUUGCUGCUCUGAGUUGUAAAGGCUAUUGGACUGUGUAUAUAUAUAUAUAUCUGUAAAUAAAUCUAUAUAUAGUUCACCUUA